UGUAGCUUUUGUUUCUAUUGUGCAUUUAAAGAAAUACAAAAUAUAAUAAAAACAAUAUAAAUUUUUCAACAAAACCAAUCAAGAAAAUACGAAUUCAUUCAAGUUUGUUUAUCGUUUUGAUAUCGCAGUAUAUGUAGUAUGUGCGUACUAUAAGUAUGAGACGAAAUUUCUUAUAACUACAAUAAAAAACUGAACAAAAAUUCUGCAGCAAAUUUAUAAACUACUUCUACAAAACGCUCCUAAGUACCAGGCAGGCUUGUUUGUAUAUGAGUGUGAUAAAGAAAAUUGAACCUACAAAAAAUAAUAAUAAUAAUCAUUCCAUGAACUAUACAACGAAAUAAACAAGCGGCAGUUUUUGAAUUCUCAUAUAAAAAACGACUAAAAUUUCAAUUGAAUCAUCAAGAAAACAGCAGUUAACAUAUUUUACACAAAGGAAUUAGUCUGUCUAUGUAUAUGUAACUGUUUGUUAUUAUUUUUUGGCAUAUGAAUAAAUGGCAAAUAUACAGAUGCUGUUAAAAAUUAAAUUAUGUAUUUAAUACAUACGAAAUAUUUAUUUUAAAUAUUGUAAUUUACAUACAUAUGUUAAACACUGCCUUUUUAAGGGCUUUUUUGAGCGAAACGCCAACUUAUCAUAAUCAAAUAAUUAUUGUUAAAUAAAAAAAUGCUGAGCAUGAAUUUGUGUCUACUUUUAAGUUGCAGUCUUUUGACUGUAGCCUUGGUAUCGAAUACUGUGGCCGAACUCUAUGAUCAGGAUAUUAAGGGUCCCAAUGUUUGCAAAAAGAAGGAAGUAUACCCCGUUGAAAUAGUUACAACUGAAUUACAAAAUUAUCAAGUGCGUGGCAACAUUUGGUGUUUCAAUGUGCCACCCAGAUGUUCAACUUACACCCUAAAGCAAAAGGUGGUCAAUAAAACAACAACCCUAACCAAAGAGCGCAUUGUUUACGAUUGUUGUGAUGGUUAUAAAUUGAGUCCCACUGGUAGUGGCUGCGUAGCAGAUUGUAAAGAUAAAUGUGUACAUGGUGCAUGUGUAGCACCGAAUAAAUGUAAAUGUGAACAUGGCUAUGGAGGACCCACUUGUGAUAUAAAUUGUCCAACUGGCUAUUGGGAUGUUGAUUGUAAAAAACAAUGUGAUUGUUAUAAUAAUGCCACAUGUGAACCCUACACGGGUGCCUGUCAAUGCGACAAAGGAUAUACGGGAGAUAAAUGCCAAGACAAAUGCCCCAAGGGCUAUUACGGUGCUGGCUGUAUGGAGGAGUGUCGCUGUGAGAAUGAUGGCAGUUGUCAUCAUGAAUCCGGUGAAUGUAUUUGCACGCCCGGUUAUACGGGACCAUUAUGUGAAGAUCAGUGCCCAGAUGGCAAACAUGGUGCUCAGUGUACUCAGGAUUGUCGCUGUCAAAACGAUGGCAAAUGUGAUCCUCAAAAUGGUGAAUGUUUGUGUCCGGAUGGUUGGACUGGCGAAGUGUGUGCCAACAAAUGUCCUAUCGGCACUUAUGGAGCAAACUGUGAGAAACCCUGUGAAUGUUUUAAAGGUGCGCCCUGUCAUCAUAUAACCGGCAAAUGUGAGUGUCCUGCGGGCUAUAUGGGUGAUCGUUGUUUCGAUGAGUGUCCCAGUAAUUUGUAUGGCCUAAACUGCACCCAGGAAUGUAAAUGUUUAAAUGAUGCCACCUGUGACAAGGCCACAGGCGUUUGUAAUUGUCGUCCUGGCUGGUCGGGUGAAGAUUGUGGCGAACGCAUUUGUCCCGCCAAUGAAUAUGGCGAAAACUGCACAAAAUCCUGUGAAUGUGAAAUGCAAUUCACUGAAUUGUGUCAUCCAGAGAAUGGUAAAUGUCUGUGUCAAGUUGGCUGGAGUGGUACAUUGUGCAAUAGACCUUGUCCGUUCCUGAAAUAUGGCGCAAAUUGUGAAUUGCAUUGCAACUGCAAAAACAAUGCCAAAUGUAAUCCCAUCAAUGGCUCCUGUAUAUGUGCUGCUGGCUACAAGGGCGAUUCCUGUGAUGAACAAUGUGAUGAUGGUUUCUAUGGUCAAAAUUGUGCUCAUAAAUGUGAUUGUAAAAAUGGUGGCAAAUGUGCUCCGGAAACGGGACAAUGUUUCUGUACGCCCGGCUGGAAGAAUAUUAAAUGUGAUCGUCCGUGUGAUUUGAAUCAUUAUGGCCAGGAUUGUAAUAGCGUGUGUGAUUGUAGGAACAAUGCCGCCUGUAAUCCCACCAAUGGUGCUUGUACCUGUGCUGCGGGCUUUAAGGGAGAGAAAUGUGAUCAAAAAUGUGACUAUGGUACAUUUGGUAUGGACUGUGGCCAACAGUGUGAAUGUGAUUUUAAUAAUACGAUCGCUUGUGAGUCGACCAAUGGCAAAUGUAUUUGCAAACAGGGAUGGGGAGGCGUUCAUUGUGAAACUAACUGUCCAACGGGUUAUUAUGGUGAAUCUUGUGAUCAAGUUUGCAGAUGUAAAAAUAAUUCCUCCUGUGAUCCCGAUACGGGACGUUGUAUUUGUUCGGCCGGCUGGACUGGUGAAGAUUGCUCGAAACCCUGUGAAUAUGGCUUCUAUGGUAAUGGCUGCAAGGAGAAAUGUCCCAUCAUCGUGCAUGGCAACAAGAGUUGUGAUCAUAUAACCGGGGAAAUAAGAUGUCGUGAUGGUUACAUUGGCUUAACAUGUGAACAUCCCUGUCCGCCGGGUUAUUUUGGUACGGGUUGUACCCGCAAAUGCAAUUGUCAACAUGGUGGCGAGUGUAAUCAUAUAACGGGAACGUGUCACUGCAUGCCGGGCUGGACGGGCUUGAGUUGUAAUGUAACGUGUGAGGAAGGUUUCUAUGGGCAGAAUUGUUCGCAACAAUGUCAUUGUCAAAAUGAUAAUGGUUGUCGUAAGAAUGAUGGUUUGUGUAUUUGUAAACCUGGCUGGAUGGGUACCAGAUGUGAUGAAGUUUGUCCCGAGGGUUUCUAUGGCGAACACUGUAUGCGUUCUUGCCAGUGUCCGUCACCCAAUUUUGUUUGCCAGGCCACCGAGGGUUGUGUAUGCCGUAAAGGUUUUACCGGAGAAAAUUGUGAUAUACCCAAAGCGGAACAGCGCAUACAAGAAGCAGAAGUAGAGACAGGUCGUGCUGGCUUAGCUUGGGGUUUAACUCUGGCCAUUCUAUUUGUGUCGGUUAUUAUAGCUGUUAUAUUUUAUUAUCGUCGUCGUGUUUCUAAUUUGAAAACGGAAAUUGCUCAUGUCCAAUAUAUAAGUGAUCCCACUCAAGGUUGGCCAGAUCGUCACAAUUUCGAUAAUCCUGUGUAUGGCAUGCAACAAACCAAUAAUCCAGAGACUAGAUUAUUAAAUAAUUUAAGACCCAAAAUUAACAAUCUCAAUUUGGUGGGCAGUGAAAUGUAUGCGGAUGAUUCUAAUGCCAGCAGUAGGGCUGGCACCUAUUCCAUUAAUUAUAAUCACGAUAUGAUGGCUAAGAAUUUAAAUGCUGAUUUAACCAAUCCCAAUGUUUAUAAUUCAAUAGAGGGAUUAAAGGAAGAACAUGUUUAUGAUGAAAUUAAACAAAAGGAGGGCUAUAAUAAAGAUCCUGAUGAAUACGAUCACUUGGACUACUCCAGACCGAGUACAUCACAAAAGCCACACUAUCAUCGCAUGAAUGACUCAACCGUACUCAAUAUCAACCAUGAUGAAGAAAAGCCCAGUAAUUUGAAAGUUCUAUUGAAGAAAUGUGAUCUUGAAAAUGUCAACGAAACCGAAAAUGAAGAUAAUGCAAAUUGUAAUACCAGCGUAUGUGAUGAUAAUGCCUCAACAGCUACACCCUCAACCAGCUCAGAACAUAUCAAGUAAAGUGUAAAUGAAAAGUCUGUAGGAAAUACAAAAAAUUUGCUCAAGAGUUUUAAAAU